UGUUGAACCCGCCACAGUCGUGGUACUGUAUACGCCCGAAUCAUUUCGCUCUCUGAUGUCCGGAUCCAAGCCACCAUCCUCCAGGAGCACUCCAGCUGCACAACAAAAUGCGGGCUCGAAUACAGAACGACGGCCGGAUGAUCGACGUGCUCGGCGGCGCAAGGCGAAGGAGAGACGCGAAGGGGAAGCGGGACCAUCUGGGCUAAACACACCAGCGGAGCCAAGCGAGCAGAAGCCCACUGGGAAGAAGAGUCAUGACACCUUUGAGGAGGCCGACUUCAUCAAAUUCACGUUCUCGGACGAAGAGGAGAAGGCGGAAGAGGAGCAGCCUCCAGUUAGGGAGUGGGAUAAGGGUAAGGGCAAGGCUUCAGAGCGUGACCACGCAGGGAGGAAGCGGAAGUCGGACGAGUUUGACUUGGAUGACGGAUACGCGAACAAGAAGGAGCGUAUUGCAGCGGCUGCCCGGCAGGCACCGUGGGCCACUGACGUCGAUUGGGAGAGUUGCGCGAAUGUCGCUGAAAUGCUACAUCGCGAUGUGGAAGCCUUCGUGCAUUACAUAUCGCCCACGCCCGAAGAAGACGAAGUGCGCUCGCUGGUCGUUGCGCAGAUAGCACGGGCAGUACACGAGCGAUUUCCGGACGCUCAAGUGCACCCAUUCGGUAGCUACGAGACCAAGCUAUACCUUCCCACUGGGGAUAUUGAUCUGGUGAUCCAUUCACAGUCAAUGGCGCGUAGCGACAAGGAGAGCGUAUUGCACUCUCUCGCAAAUACCGUGAAGCGAGCGGGCAUCACAGAUAGAGUCCGAAUCAUCGCGAAGGCCAAAGUGCCGAUUGUGAAAUUCGUGACUACACACGGACGCUUCUCUGUGGACAUCAGUGUCAACCAAAUCAAUGGUGUCGCUGCUGGCAAGAUGAUUAGGCACUUUCUGCAAGAGCUGCCCGCUCUUCGCAGUCUCGUUCUCGUCAUCAAGUCUUUCCUUGCCCAGCGUAGUAUGAACGAGGUCUACACUGGCGGUCUUGGGAGCUAUAGCAUCGUCUGCCUAGCCAUCAGCUUUCUGCAGAUGCAUCCAAAGGUCCGCAGAGGCGAGAUAGACCCUUCCAAGAACCUGGGUGUCCUCGUCAUGGAGUUCUUCGAGCUCUAUGGCUGUUACUUCAACUACAGCGAAGUCGGCAUAUCAAUCCGUGAUGGCGGCACGUACUUCAACAAACGAAGGAGGGGAUGGCUUGAUUACGGGCAAUCUAAACUCUUGUCCAUCGAGGAUCCUGGAGACCCUUCGAAUGACAUCUCACGCGGCUCAUACAACAUUGCAAAAGUCCGAGCAACCCUCGCGGGUGCGCAUGGGUUGAUGACCUCUGCUGCGUACAUGCAGGCAGGCUGGAUCAGCGCGAACCGGGAUCGCCGGCGUGUCCGCCUUGGUGAUGGCCUCAACCGUCCGCACCUGAGCAUCCUCGCGAGGGUAAUGGGUGUCACUCAGGAGACCAUCAAUCAUCGACGGUUGGUACAAGAAGUCUUCGAAUUAAGGGUGCUACACCGCAUGCUCGGCAUCGCCCCUCGAGUGGACAUUGUAUCGGACGUACCACAAGCUGCCUCGAAUGGGAAGUCGAACGUCGGGCAUAAGGAGAGUGUAGAGACGGCUUGCAAAGAGGCUGAGGUGGCAUCCGCGUCUAAUAAGUCAGCGGCAGAAGACGAGGAAGAAGACGAGGAAGAAGAGAGCAGGUACAAGAUCGAUGAUCGCCGAGAACCACCGCGAAAGCGCCGCAGGCUUGGACGCGAAUCCGACAUGCAUACUGUGUUCACGACGGAUGAAGAGGACCCAGAGGACGUGCAAGAUUACAAUCUGCAUGUGGUGGACGACGAGGACAGCGUGUCAGUUGCCAAAGGCGCGAAGCGUAGGGUGCCUCGACGUGAUGCGAGUAGCAAAAGAGACUACUGGUUGUCGAAAGGCCUGGGAUUCUCGGGAGAUGCUAUCGCGGGUCGUCAGCGGUCACCGUCCUGCUCGCUCGUUUAUGACCGAUGCUCAAACCAUGCAGGCUCAAGUCAUGCAGACUUGAAGCAGUCUGCUGGAGCCCCAAACGCCGCGCGCGCGCCAGGUAGCUUACGAGACAAGAUCGCCUCUUUCGAGAAGCAAGGUGCCGUUCCCGUCCCGAGGGGUAGUUUUGGGCUAGGUGCACCCCCAGUGGAUGAUGGGUCAUCUCGACGUCGAGGAGAGUUGAUGGGAAACCGUGUUCCGGGACUAUCCAGGCCAGUCGCACCCGCUCCAACUCAUCCGACGCGGGCUACCAGCCCUAGCUUUGCGGACAGAAGUCGUGCCGCCUCAGCAACCUUGUUGAGCGGACCGUCUUCUCGCUCCGUCUCACCUACCAUGUCUGCAGAUGGAGAGGCGGACAGCUACGGCUCUCUUGAAGCUGCUCUCGAGGAGACGACCUCGCCCCGACAUUCUGGAGCAUGGCAGGCACGCCGGCGAAGUGUCUCCGACAUCGUUGCGAAGUUCUCACUACCUGCUAUUGCUGUCGAGUCGCUUCCAGAAGGCCAAGAGGAAGCCGAGUCGUCUACGCCCGCAAUCGUCUUGCCCGAGGAACUUCGGGACAGCUCAUCCGAACCACAUCCUCCUUCAUCAAUCACACAGGCAACUUCCAUAACUGCUGAGAAUGCGCCUGACCAUAGCGCCGACGCGGACGGACAGUCAUCACCCGCUGUCACGCCGCCGGCAGCUGCAGAUGAACCGUCAUCCUCAGCAAUGGCUGUAGUUGACACACAGGCUGCCAGCGGUCCUGCAGUCGUUGCGGAGCAAAGUGGCCUACCGGUUAUUUCGGACGUUUCAGCCGCAACAGAGACGUUCCCUUCUCCUGGCGUGCAGGAUCAAGUUGCCACUGCGGCUUUGCCAGUGGCGGCGAGCGAUGAGCCGAGCGGUGUGUCUGCUGAUACUUCGACGCGCGAUGACGUCGAGGAGGCAGGCAAUAAAGAGGAAGUAACUACUGACGAGGUGAUAUCGUCGGCGGUACCCUCGUCGGCGAGUUUGAGCAAGCACCAGACACCUCAAGACAGCUUUGCCUUCCCCAGCGUCGAGACCGUCCCGUCAGUGACUGUCUCACCAGUUCAACCGAAGGUCGUUGAUAUGGAGGAGCUUGGGAACCAGUCGCUGGCGUUGGACACUCAGGAUGCAGUCAUCAUCACAGAGCCUCCCAGAGUCGUAACGCCUGUCGUGACACGCGGCGUACUCGUCCCAGUCUCGCCCAUCUCUCCGCGCACAGACAAUUCACCUUCCGAGCCAAUACCCAGCUACGUCGAACCCUCGCUAACGCCCAAGACUGCUACCGGUUCAUUCCGUGCUGUCGUACACCACAAGGUCACAGAAGGUGCCAAUCGCAGCACCAGCUCGCAGGCGCAGCGGGUCUCAGACUUGCGGGCUGUAGACUCACCGAAGUCUCCGGGAUUCACUGACCUCGCUGAUUUGCUGGCAGACGCUGCGCUGCUGGAGAAGCAGCUGUCGGGGCUCGGCUCACCAAGGAAGCUGCCUGUGACCAACGCUACCCCCUCCACCCCCCCUCCUGCUAGUGCUCUACGCAGUAUGUCCGGUCCUAGGGUCGAGGUCACCAUCCCGGACCAGCCGCCUGCAAACGAUGACGUCUCCACUUCGGGCGACGGCCAUGGUAGCUCUGAGUAUAACUCGCCACAAGAGUUCCCCCCUAUCCCAGCGCCGCGGACACCGAGCCCCCCACAAACUCCGGGCCCUAUCAUACCUACGAAGGAUCGUCCGCGCAGUAGACUGCUAUCCGAUACACCGCCCCCUGUCCCUCCAAAGAGCCCCCGUCCUCGAUAUUUCUCGACUCUCCUGUCCCGUCGGCCGAGUGCCAAAGACGGCCUGAUGCCUAUGCCGGGCGCGUACCCUCGCGACAGCGUGUGCUCAGAGAUGUCCGAGGACGAUUCCGUCCUCGCCACGCCCCCAUCACCGCGUUUCGACGCUGUGGGAUCGGACACGAGCUCUGUGAUGAGCUCCAGUCGCUCGUGGAAGAUGCCGAGUAAGGGCCUGGCGCGCGCGACGUCGUUUGCGGACCGCCUAUGGCACAAGCGGAACAACCGCAACACUGUCCUCAUCGCCUCUCCUGGUAAGCAGCAUCUCCAUGUCCGCAAGAGCCAAGACUCGGGCCAUUACGUGCUGAACGCGGGAUAUCCAGAUGACGACAGUCACCUCUCCAUUAACACCGCCGCGCGCCCGCGCAAGUCCGAGCCGACGCCCUCCCUUCCCCAGCUCAACCUGUCUUCCGACGCUCGUUUGGAGCGGCAGCCAAACCCCAAUGGGAACGAACGGCCUAUGUCGUGGGUGUCUGUCUCCAGUAGCAUUGGCUCGGGUGGGCUAGACAGUGCUCUGUUCGACUCCUUCCCUUCCGUACCUGAUACUGUACCUAACAGAGUUCUCCCCAUUCCUGCUUUCUCUGAGAAUCAUGCUUCCUCUUCAGGGUUGCCACGGGACUCUUUGUCUGGUAGAAUUGACACCUUCCCUACCCGCUCGAGUAGCCUGCACCCGAAGCAGCGUUCUGCGCUGCUUUGA